AUGAAGUUAUUAACUGAGUGUCUCGAAUCAACUGAACUUAACAUCGCUGAUGCAAUCAUAUUUAUGUCAAGUACUCUAGAAUCGUUGAAUAUUAUUAAUUCUGACAUAGAUGGUAUGGAUAAUCUUAUAAAUAGUUCAAUUGCGUUUUUGAAGUCUCUUGAUGUGGAUGCUGAAAAAGAGUUUUUAGUUCGGCAUAGACGCCGACUUGUACCUAAGCGCCUUGAUAAUAAUAGAGAUAAUGCGGCUAAUAUAUCAUUUAAAACAUUUUAUAGGAAAGAAUAUAAAUCUGUGUUGGACGAGCUCACGUCACUGAUGAAAAAUAAUUUAGAAAGUUGCAUUGGAACAAUUAAACCAUUAUAUAAUAUGUUCAAUCCCCCUGUAUCAAGGAAUAACUUAAGUGAAACUGGAAUUCAAGAUGCAAUGUCAUUUUUACCUAAAAAAUUUGUUGUAGACCCGUUACAUCUACCGGUUGAGUUAGAGGUACUAUAUGACCAAUGCAAAGAAGUGGAAACUGUUUCGGAUGUAGCUGCUGCUUCGGAACAAACAAAGAAAAUGCUUCCUAUAGCCAAUAGAAUGUGUCGUUUACUGUGUACAGCUCCAGUAACUGUUGCUGGAAAUGAGCGUUCGUUUAGCAAGUUGAAAUUGAUAAAGAAUUACUUAAGAACAACCCAGAGUGACUCCCGUUUAAGCGAUUUACUGUUACUUUCCUCGGAAAAGGACAUAGUAGACGAUAUUAAGUUAGAUCUGAUUGCUAAACAAUGGUCAAUUAUAAAAAAAAGAAGGAUUUGUAUUUAA